AUGGAUGUCGAACAGACCAAGUUAAGCACAGGGCCGGCGGUUGCCAAGCUGCGUUGUGUUGCCGCCGGCCAUGUCCCCGAGUCAAGCCUGCACAACUUCCUACUCCCUGCUAUGACAGAGUUCGGAGAUGAACGCCUUCUCCCACUUCAUAGCAUCCGGCCAAUCCACACGAAAUUGAAGCUGGGGAGCGCUACCGACCGAUUAGACGCCCACGGAUUUACCGCAGUCAACUACCCUACAGCUCUUCACGCCCCGCCUUAUACCUCGUUGUCCCUCACAGACCCCGAACUACUCAAGCAAUAUUUCAUCCCAGAAACAUCCGAGAUGAUCAAGGAUAUCACGGGAUGUAAGACUGCCAUACCUGAAGCACUCCUACUGAGAGCUGCUCUCUGGUCCGAAGACGCCGAUGCUCUCGCCAGUCAUGGAGCUAAUAAAACGGCACCCUCCGAGCUGGAAACCGGGUUUCCGCAGUUCAUUGGAUUCAACCCUGAGAAGGGUCCAGUUAGUCCGGCAUCGAAGAUUCACCUUGACUACUCACCGACGGGUGCUCGAAUCCACAUUCGAAACUUCCAUCCAGACAUUGUACGAGCCGCAGCGGACAUCAUACAUCACGAAGACUCCUUGCUGGCUGCUGGGAAGAGUCUCAAAGACGACUACAGAGAUUGCGACGGUCCACGGUGGGCACUGUUCUCUGUUUGGAGGCCACUUAAGACUGUGCAGAGGGACUCGCUGGUGGUGGCAGAUUUCAGGACAUGCAAGGCGGAUGACUACGUGACUGUCCAGGUCAAAUUUCCAGCUCUUGGGAGACCGGGGUCCGAUGAAACCCAUACUAUUGAGUCUUUAGUGGCCAGGUACUCUGAGGGGCAUAAGUGGUACUGGAUAGACAAGCAGACUCCGGAGGAGGUAAUGGUUCUGAGGUUCUUUGACAGCGAUCUCGAAGCACAGGGCUACACUGCUUCGGGAGGGGUGUUGCAUUCCAGCGUGGAAGUGCUCGGCACGGAGAAUGAGGAAGUUCGGGGGUCCUUGGAGAUUAGAUAUUUCUGCAUCUGGUGA